AUGGUUUUCCUUUCCAACGCUAUCUCUCAUGCCCGUCUCUCUGGUGAUCAAGCCGAUGAGAGCCUUAAGGAUCACAACACCACCAUCUAUGGUACGCGUUGGGCUACUGAGGAGAUCCCAAGAUACGACAUGCCCAAGGAAGAGAUGCCUUCCAAUGUUGCUUAUCGUUUGAUCAAGGACGAGCUUGCUCUUGAUGGCAAUCCUGCCCUGAACCUUGCCAGUUUUGUCACCACCUUUAUGGAAGAGGAAGCUGAAAAGUUGAUGGCUGAAAACAUUUCCAAGAACUUUAUCGAUUAUGAAGAGUAUCCCCAAUCAGCCGAGCUUUGCAACCGCUGCGUCAACAUGAUUGCACGUUUGUUCAAUGCACCUAUGCAUGAUGCUGAAGAAGAAGCUCUUGGCUGCUCCACCGUUGGUUCAUCCGAAGCCAUCAUUCUUGCUACUCUAGCAAUGAAGCGUCGUUGGCAAAACGCCCGAAAGGCAAAGGGUCUCUCCACCGAAAAGCCCAACAUGGUCUUGGGAGCUAACUGCCAGGUAGCAUGGCACAAGGCUUUGCUGUACCUUGAAAUCGAACCAAGAGAAAUCGAUUGCACUGAGGAGCUUUUGUAUAUGGAUCCCAAGAAGGCUGUGGAUCAAGUUGAUGAAAACACUAUCGGUGUUUGUGCCAUUCUUGGUUCUACGUACACGGGCCAUUAUGAAGAUGUCAAGACCUUGAACGAGCUCUUGGAGGAAAAGUGCUCUGCCAAUGGCUGGGACGUUGGUAUCCACGUGGAUGCUGCUAGUGGCGGCUUUGUUGCUCCAUUUGUUGUUCCCGAACUUGAAUGGGACUUCCGCUUGAAGCGUGUUGUAUCCAUCAAUGCUUCUGGUCACAAGUACGGUCUUACUUAUCCUGGUGUUGGCUGGGCCAUUUGGCGUAGCCCUGAAUACCUUCCCAAGGAGCUUAUCUUUAACAUCAACUACCUUGGCAGUGAUCAGGCUUCUUUCACUCUCAACUUUAGCAAGGGUGCCGCUCAUAUCAUUGGCCAAUACUAUAUUCUAAUUCGUCUUGGUCGUGCUGGUUUCCAAAAGAUCAUGACCAACUUGACGGCUAUUUCUGAUCAUCUUGCUCAACGUCUUGAAGCCACGGGUCGAUUUGAGAUUCUCAGCCAAGGUCAAGGCUAUGGUUUGCCACUUGUUGCUUUCCGCCUCAAUGCUCCCCAUCACUAUGACGAAUUUGACGUGGCUGCACGUCUUCGUGAGCGUGGAUGGAUUGUUCCAGCCUAUACCAUGGCCCCUAAGCUUGAACAUCAAAAGAUGAUGCGUGUCGUGGUUAGAGAAGACUUCUCACGUUCUCGUUGCGAUAUCUUGAUCCGUGACAUUUUGGCUGCACUUAAGGCCUUGGAUACCCUGGAUCAAAAGGCGGUUGAGGACCACCGCAACAUCACUUGUGAACAUGCUCACAGCUCAGCCCAUGUUAAUCCUACCAACUACAACCACACCAACAAGAAGGAAGGCAAGAAGGCUGCCAGCAAGUCUGCACCUGGUGUUUGUUAA